AUGUUUAGUUGCGGUUAUAAUCGUAAUAUUGACAUUUUGUUUGACACUGCGCCCGAGAAGUUUGUCAGUCUGGGCAUCGAACCACCCAAGGGUGUUCUGCUUUUCGGCCCACCCGGAACCGGAAAGACACUUUGUGCCCGUGCAGUUGCUAAUCGAACUGAUGCAUGCUUCAUUCGCGUCAUUGGCUCUGAACUUGUUCAGAAGUACGUUGGAGAAGGUGCUCGUAUGGUUCGAGAACUGUUCGAGCUCGCACGCUCCAAGAAAGCGUGCAUCAUAUUCUUUGACGAAAUUGAUGCCAUCGGAGGUGCCCGUUUUGAUGAUGGCGCUGGCGGCGAUAAUGAAGUUCAGCGAACAAUGUUGGAACUGAUAAACCAGCUUGAUGGUUUUGAUCCCCGCGGAAACAUCAAAGUUUUAAUGGCAACUAACAGACCAGACACCCUCGACCCCGCCUUAGUACGGCCCGGUCGUCUGGAUCGAAAAGUUGAGUUUGGCCUUCCGGAUUUGGAAGGAAGAACGCACAUCUUCAAGAUUCAUGCGCGCUCCAUGUCGGUCGAAAAGGAUAUCCGUUAUGAACUUCUGGCACGGCUGUGUCCUAACAGCACUGAAGCGGGCAUGUUUGCUAUCCGUGCACGUUGUAAAAUGGCUACGGAAAAGGAUUUCUUGGAUGCGGUGAACAAAGUCAUUAAAUCCUACGCCAAGUUCAGUGCUACUCCGCGCUAUAUGACCUACAACUAA